AUGCCCGGUCCGAAGACCUGGAAUGAGUGGUGGGGUUCUACGGAAGGGCUCAAGAUGAAGGGCGUCGUUCAGUAUUCCGUGUCGCCAUUCCGGCAGCGCGCGACGCACCACAUGUUCCGCAGCUGGCUGUUCAACGGGUACCGCCGUCUCUCGGGGCAGGUGCCUUACUGGAUCGUGCCCGCCCUCAUCGGCUACGGCACGUACACCUGGGCAAACCGCUACGACGCCUGGCAAAACAGCAAGGCCGCACACGUCUCCGGGCACGUACACUAG